UCCGAUUGUCACGCACAGAUAGCAGCUAGCCAAGUGUACUACUUCUCCCAGUGAAGCCACAUACACUAGCCACCAGCAGCUUGACCAGCUAGCUAGGCCGCAGCCAUGUCGGAGGAGAAGCACCACCACUUCUUCCACCACCACAAGAAGGACGAGGAGCAGCCCGCCGGCGGGUACUCGGAGGCCGUGGCCGCCGAGGUUGUGGCCGCCGGCGAGAGCGAGUACGAGAGGUACAAGAAGGAGGAGAAGGAGCACAAGCACAAGCAGCACCUCGGCGAGGCCGGCGCCAUCGCCGCCGGCGCCUUCGCCCUCUACGAGAAGCACGAGGCGAAGAAGGACCCGGAGCACGCGCACCGGCACAAGAUCACGGAGGAAAUCGCCGCCACGGCGGCCGUGGGCGCCGGCGGCUACGCCUUCCACGAGCACCACGAGAAGAAGAAGGACCACAAGGACGCUGAGGAGGCCAGCGGCGAGAAGAAGCACCACCACCUCUUCGGCUGACCGCCCGGCGAGCUCCGGCGCGUCGUCGCCGCCGCGCACCCGCCUGCUUCAAUAAUUGUGGCCAUGCGUGUUUCACGAUUUCGCAAUAAGACCCUUUUCGGGACCCUUAGCUUGCUUGCUUGUGUGAGACUGAGAGGUGGGGCCCGCGCGUCGAGGUGGUCCGGCCUGUACGUGCUUGAUUUUUCUCUGCGUCCAUAAUUGCGUUGAAUAACCGGGAGCGAUGCAUGUGUGGCUCCCAGUCUGUCUGUGGUUGAAUGUCUGGAUACUAAUGAUCAACUCGUGGAAGUUUUAUACCCGUU